CAAAUAUAAUAUAUGGAGUGGACAAAUAAACACAUUGACUUUUAAGGUAACUGAGUCCCUAUUGCAAAUUGCUAAAAUUGCCUGCCAAGUAGCAGCACUUUAGUCUGCUGCACAUUGUAUGCAUUUAACACCAAGAGUUAGAAUUUAAAUUAACUUCAAUGAGGUGUUGACAUUUUUUUUAUACCUCCUGGACCUAUAAAAACAAACUUCAGAUUUUGGGACUAGGCUUUGGUCAGUGAAAGCUGGGUUGUGAUUGCCCAUUGUCCCCCCUCCCUUCUCCCCCUCACACACACCCUACAUCUGCUUAUUACCCACCCUCUGUCUGCAGUCGUCACAAAAAAAAAGCUGUUGUCUCCAAACGCAUUGUCUCUGCGUCUUUGAUAGGUAGUUGAUAACAGACUUACAGACUCAUGGGGCUGGCUGAUCUUUCUGCGAAUAUAAAAAAGCAGCAGCAGCAGCUACAAAGCCAUUCAUGGACCGAAGACACUUCUGACAACAAGCAACCUCAGUAAAAAGCUCAUCUAUCUACCCUGUGGACUCUGUGGAUUUUGUGAACCCUUCAGUAUGGCUGUGUUCUUUACCGUGGCUCUCCUGGCUAUGGCAUGUCCCUUAAUGGCAUUUGACAUGGGUCAGUCCACUCGUUGCGUCACUAUCCCCAACCAGAUGAAAGUCUGCAAGGAUGUUGGAUACUCUGAGAUGCGGCUGCCUAACUUCUUGGGUCACAGCAACCUGGAAGGUGAGGUGGUGCCACGUUCGGAGGACUGGAGACCCAUGCUGCAGACAGGCUGCCACCCUCAAGCCCAGGCCUUCCUCUGCUCCCUCAUUGCCCCCGUCUGUCUUGACACUUUUAUUCAGCCAUGCCGCAGUCUGUGCGUGGCGGUGAGGGACAGCUGUGCUCCGGUGCUUGCCUGCCAGGGUCACCCAUGGCCCGAGGAACUUGAUUGUGACCGCUUUCCUACUGAGGAAGACAUGUGCCUUACUCCUCACGCAAAAUUUGGCCACAUUGCAAAAGAUUUACCCAAACCUGCCUGCCAAAACUGUCCUUCUGUGGAAGUAGCUCCUGCCAUGAAAACAGUCCUGGAUGCUUUCUGCCAGCAUGACUUUGCUGUGAUUGCCAAACUUCACCGUCGUCGCCUGCCCAUGGGAGAGCCAGAGUUUGAUGUGGAGGGCCGUGUUGAGUUUAUUCGUCAGGGACCUCUCCUGCCUUAUGACACCCAACACCUCCUCCAGCAGUGGCUCCUUAUCAACCUCCAGUGUGCCAGUGUGCUUUUGCGCCCCGGACGGUCACAGCUUUAUGUGCUGACGGGUUCCGUGCAGCCUGAUGGCACCCUUGCUCUUACCCGUCUCUUCCCUUGGCACAGAAAAGACACAAACAUUGCAGUGGCCACUCGCAAGUGGAAGCACUACAGAUGUUGAAUGGAUUGAUACUUAGAUCUAAAAAACUGGAGCUCUGAAUCUGUGUUUGAAGUGUAGAAGUGUCACAUAUGAACAUUUAUUUUUAUUUUUUAUUUACCUUUAUUUUACCAGGAGUAUUCCCAUUGAGAUUCCAAGUCCCUUCCUGGUCAAGACGACAGUAUACGAAAAUUUACAUAAAGCAAACAAGCAACAGACGUAUAUGAUUCCAAACCUAAAACCCGUAUGAUUUAAGACCAAAUCAAGGAGGAAUUAUGUGAUGGAGAGUUUCUUGGCAUUAGCUAUAAGUGAGAAUUUGUGAAGUAAGCUGAAGGGAUAUAAGAAAAGAGCUGGACAUCAACAGCCGUUGUCUCCCUCAGCAAGUCACUUUCUCAUCACUGCUCUGACAUCACACAGUAAUAGAAUGCACUCAAACCUGUACAUAGUAUUAAUUAAUGUAAAUUGAUUGUAGAUUCUAUUUUCUAUAAGGAUAUUGGUGUAUUUAUGACAUCUUUUUUAUGUUGUAUGUGGAAAAAGGUGACAAUAAAAUGUUUG